UCCGGGUGUGUAUACAAGCAAGCUGUCAUAAAUAGGUUUUACUUCACUGAUAAACACUCCUGUAUAUAAAGCUGGGCCCAAGUUUCCGCCAACAUGUCUAGUUUCGAACUGCCCGUCAUCGACAUAUCAAAGUCCAAAACGCAUCGAACAGAGCUCGCAGCAGCCGUAGUCCGUGCUCUGGAACAUACUGGAUUCCUGUAUAUCGACAAUGCUGAGGCCGUCGAUUUCGAUAAAAUGUAUAAAAGUUGUCAAUGGUUUUUCAGUAGAUCACAGGACAUGAAAAACAGUCUGUCCAGAAAAAUAUGGAACCCUGCUAAUUCAAAUAUUUACCGUGGAUAUUUCCCUGUUGGCGAAAACGAGCCGAGUCGGAAGGAAGGUUUUGAGUUCGCACGGGAUAUAACACCUGGUGAUCCGGAAGUUACGCCUGGGAACUGGUUUUAUGAACCAUCGGUGUGGCCGGAAGAAGACGGGACAUUCCCAUUCAAGACGUUCAUGCGUGAUCUUUAUGAAGUUAUGCAUGAGUUGUCGUUAGAAAUCCUACGUCUCACGGCAAUAGGUCUUGGUAUAGAUGAGUUUUCUUUCGAGGAACUUUUCACCAAGAGACCUUGCUCUACACUCCGUAUAAUGCACUAUCCGCCGUGGACAGGAAGUCCCCCGGAAAAUGCCCGGAUCGAGGAUGGAAAGGUGUUGACGACGCCUGCGCACACAGACUCUACCUUUCUCACUCUCCUAGCAACGUUUGGCUACAAAGGUCUUGAAAUCGUCACAGCCGACGGAAGAUGGGCGGAAGUUGAACCACGCACCGGAAGUCUUGUCAUGAAUAUUGGUGAUGUGUUUUCACGAAUGAUGGGUGGUCGAUUUAAGGCGACUCGUCACAGAGUUGUUGACAUUGGAGUCGACAGGUACUCACUUCCGUUUUUCCUGGAGCCUAAAUUCGAUGGAGAUAUUGGUGAAAACUUCAUGACCAAGGCGACAGGGGAAGGCAACACGCACGUGCCGGAACAAUAUGGACCUUACGUCAUUCAUACCAUGAAACAUGUGAAAAAAUAUUUCGAGUAUAGGACAUUGCCUGAAUUCUAGAUAAAUACCAAAACCCAAAUAGGAACUAAACUGUUUUACGGUAUAGAGAAGCAUUCAGGACCUAUGAACUCAUAACCUCACUCACAAAACAUAAACAGUGUUUAGCGGUUAUCUCCGUAUAAUUUUCACGCUUUCAUCAAAUAUUCAUGAAUAACAUCAAUAUCAUUAUCAUCGUUUAUAUCGGAUUUCGGCUUUUUGUUACCGCUCUCACAGAAUUAACCUGAUUUUGAAGAUUUUGCAAAUAAAGAUAAAGGUACAUGUAUAUAUCAUUAAAUUAAAGUGUUUAAAGAGUAGGAAUAUCCAUUGUCAAUGUUUGUAUGCUUAACUAACGUAAGUAAUUUUUUUUGGUGUUUUGUUUUUGUGCGAGACAUAGAAAUUUUACAGCAGAAUUCUUGCUUGAUUGAUCGGCUACAACACGAUGAUCCCAUCGAGGUAGUUUUUAGCCCUCUUUGGAGAUUAUUUGAUCUUAAACUUCUCGAUAUAUUCUAUUAGCUCAAACAAACCGGAAACUGUAAUAGGACACUAUUGGAUUCCAUAAAAAAUAGUACAAUUGUAUAUAUAAUCCUGAUAGAUAUUGUAUAUUACUUAUUUCAUCCGGAUGCCUAAAAUUUAUGAUUGAUGAACAACUGUGUAUUGUUAACUAUUAACCUUUCACGUGUUGCGGACUUUUGCGGAAAAGAAAAGGAGAGACAGCAUGGGCCCACAACAUAAGCUCCCGAGUUAAGUAAGGUUAUACAUUCGGAAAUAGUCGGUCGUUAUUGUACUAGUAUAUCCAUAUUCUAUAAUACGUUUGAUUAAGAACCAAUAAUGACAGAUGGAGUGAUGGAAGGGGAGGAACUCGAAUUGAAGAAAAUAUUUAGUGCUACUGCUGCAUCAACGUCAAUAAAGCCCUAACCUUCACCCCUGCCCCAAAAUAGAAUUAAAACUAAAAAAAAACCAUAGCAAAAACAAAACAAAAACAAACCAAAAAGAGUGCUCUUCAAGAAUAACAAAAAUCUUUAAAAUACUCUUAGCAGGAUAAGAAAUUGUCUGACGAAAUAUGAAAGAGAAAAGGACAAGGAACAGGAAACGAAGCAGCGAG